AUGGUCCGCAGUCUCGCGUUCCUUCAGUUGCGAAACUCUGGUGGGAACGCCGGUGUUGGGGGUGGUCCCCGGAUGCAGGAUAAAGACGGCGCCCCAUUCACCACCGACAAAACAACUCCCUUUCACCCGUACUACUUCAUCCAUUCAUUGCGCCUGCGGCAGCAAGUAGGGGAGAAGGACAACGGCAUCAAGGACGGCAAGGACAGGACAGGGGCAACACAGGAUGAGUAUGGAAAGGAGAAGGGUGAAGGGACGACGAGUGUGGACAUGACAGCACGCCCGACGUCCUGUAGCCGGUGGUCCACAUCCAACCUCCAGCGCAGUGUACCAUCGCCACCGUCGCCACUGUCGUCCACCAUCGCCACCGUCGCCACUGUCGUCCACCAUCGCCACCAUCGCCACCGUUGCCACCGCCGUCCACCAUCGCCACCAUCGCCACCGUCGUCCACCAUCGCCACCGUCGCCACCGCCGUCCACCAUCGCCACCAUCGCCACCGUCGUCCACCAUCGCCACCGUUGCCACCGCCGUCCACCAUCGCCACCAUCGCCACCGUCGUCCACCAUCGCCACCGUCGCCACUGUCGUCCACCAUCGCCACCGUCGUCCCCCAUCGCCACCGUCGUUCACAAUCGCCACCAUCACCACCGUCAUCCACCAUCGCCACCGUCAUCCACAAUCGCCACCAUCGCCACCGUCAUCCACCAUCGCCACCGUCGUCUCCCAUCGCCACCGUCAUCCACAAUCGCCACCAUCGCCACCGUCAUCCACCAUCACCACCGUCGUCCCCCAUCGCCACCGUCGUCCCCCAUCGCCACCGUCGUCCCCCAUCGCCACCGUCGUCCACAAUCGCCACCAUCGCCACCGUCAUCCACCAUCGCCACCGUCGUCCACAAUCGCCACUGUCGUCCACCAUCGCCACCGUCACCACUGUCGUCCACCAUCGCCACCAUCGCCACCGUCAUCCACCAUCGCCACCAUCGCCACCUCGCCACCAUCGCCACUGUCGUCCACCAUCGCCACCGUCACCACUGUCGUCCACCAUCGCCACCAUCGCCACCGUCGUCCACCAUCGCCACCAUCGUCCACCAUCGCUACCGUCGUCCACCAUCGCCACCAUCUUCUACCGCUCAACUAUCAAAGCUUAUUUAA